AUGGAUCAACUUCAGUCUGCUAAGUCUGCCUUGCAACAAGCAUUGGCUGAGGUCGAGGCAGCCAUUGCGUCUCUCUCGACUGCACCUGGUGAGAAUGAGGGGUCCCACGACAGCAACAAAUCUCUAGCUGGUUCAAAAUGUUUCAACGGACUCAUUGAAGGCCAUCAUCAGCCUCGACCAUCUAAGGCAUCAGUCCACAUUGAUCGAGAAGAACUGCCAGAUGAUAAAAGGCUUGACCCAAGAUUUCAACAGGACAAAUGGAUCCGUCCUAAGCCUUCGGGUGAUUCUUGUUUUUCAGGCAAUCUUCUCCAUUGGGCCGCUAUGAUGGGACCAGACGAUGAGGGAGUAGAAUACCCAAUAUUCAUUCUUCGGCAUCGCGACGCUUCCGAGUGUACUGCGGGGGGAACCUGUGAAAGUAGUCACUGGGAGCUCAUUGAUGAUUGCGUUUCCACUAGAGUAGAGGGAUGCAUCGAGUUGCAACUGGUAUGCAUGCGAACUGAGCAUGUUGAGAGGCAAAUGAGCAGCAUGAGUUCCGGUGAGUUCCAUGACUGUGAUGAGUUAAUCACUAUUCCACCAUGCCAACUAUUCAACGACCUCUUGCCUGAUUUCAGCAGUGUAACAGAAGCAGGGUAUCAAGUGGUACUCUUUCGACUUGUUGAAAGUUGGGAGGACGAGAGAUUCACUCAUUGGAUAAAUAAGGGAGUGUGGAUGGACAACCAUGGCCGCCUGCUUCGGGAUAUGGACUCACCUGUGUAUGAAUAG